AUGAGAAACUUUUUAGGACUUAUUAUAUGGAUGGGAUUAGUGAAUAUGCCUAGUUUAAGAGAUUAUUGGAGAACAGAUUUUCUUUAUAAAACUAGAGUUCCAGAAAUAAUGAGUCGUAAUAGAUUUGAGUUGAUUCUAGGAAUGUUUCAUUGUGGAAAUAAUGAAAUUAUUGAGCACGGUAGACUAAGCAAAGUACAACACCUAGUCGAUAUGUUAGUAGCCAAUUUCAAUAAAUGGUACAUUCCUGAAGACAAAGUGUGUAUUGACGAAAGUCUGGUUCCUUUUAUAGGACGAUUAGUCUUUAGACAAUAUCUUAAAAACAAAAAACAUCGUUAUGGAAUUAAGAUAUUCAAACUAUGUUCGAAAGAUUUUUAUACUUUGCGUUAUAACAUUUAUGCCGGAAAAGAAGUAGUAAGAGAAACUGACGUAUCUUAUAAAAUUGUAUUAAAGUUGAUGGAGCCGUAUCUUAACUUUGGACGAACCUUGUAUACUGACAAUUGGUAUUCGAGUGUUAAGUUGGCUGAAAAACUUAACCAAGAAAAUACAUAUUUAGUGGGAACUCUGAGAGCCAAUCGUAAAAAUAACCCGGAAAAUGUAGUUAAAAAAAAAUUUAAAAAAGGAGAGAUAAUUGCUUCACAGAGCAACAACAAUGUAGUUAUUCUUAAAUGGCGGGAUAAACGUGACAUUUUAUUAAUCACAACCAAACACUGA